AUGUUUGGAAGUGGAAAAGGGUCUUCUGCCAUGUCGUCCCUCGAUUUACCAAACGCAUCCGAGCCAGUCAACGACCGCCUUCUGUACCGGUGUUUGACGCUCUUGGCGAUCAAAAUCCUCAAACAUAUUCGACCUCGAAAAGGGAACGUCCUCAUGCUGACUCAUGGACUAUGUGUCAAAUACGGGCGCCGUGUACACUUAUCUGAAGCAUCAACAAUGCGUUUUGUGUCGCAACGCACGUCUGUCCCAGUACCAAAAGUGUUCUGCGCAUUUACGCGUUCUGGGCGGACGUACAUCGUGAUGGAAAGGAUUAAGGGAGAUAUGAUUGGCAGUAACUGGGUAAAACGAAGUGAGAAGUCAAAGAGGAGACUUCUUUCGCAGUUGGCCGAAAAGGUCCGCGAGAUGCGUGACCUGCAACCCCCUGAAGGUAUAGGGAUCGCUUCUGUUGAUGGCGGGUCUCUUUUCGACUGCCGCGUUCCAGGUCCUUCCUUGCGCUUUGGUCCCUUUGAUACCGCUCAGGACUUCCAUCGGCAUUUACGCAGGGGAAUGGAAUUUGAUUCAAGACUGGACCCCGAAGUUCAGGAACUCAUAAAGCAACAGAGCAAUUCUUGGCCUCUGGUGUUUACGCAUGGUGACCUUAGCAGUCUCAACAUUCUUGUUCGCAGAGAUGACAUCGCUGGCAUUGUUGAUUGGGAAACUGCCGGUUGGUAUCCAUCAUAUUGGGAAUACACUUCUGCCCACCAGGCUAACCCACAGAACUCCUUCUGGGUCAAUGAGAUUGACCAAUUUCUGCAACCAAUGCCCGAAGAGCUCGCGAUGGAACGAAUUCGUCAGAAACACUUCGGGGAUGUUUAA